UUGAUAAAGAUAAAGAUAAAGAUGAGUGGAGAAGGAAAGACAGUUUGCGUGACCGGAGCUUCUGGCUUCAUAGCUUCGUGGCUGGUCAAGCACCUUCUCCGGCGAGGAUACACCGUCAAUGCCACUGUUCGCAAUCUCUCUGAUCCCCUGAAAACGAAACAUUUAGUUGAGCUCGAUGGAGCCAAAGAGAGACUAAAAUUGUUCAAAGCAAAUUUAACCGAGGAUUGUUCCUUCGAUGAAGCAAUUGAAGGAUGUCAUGGUGUGUUUCAUGUUGCUUCUCCAUGUACUUUUACCACCAAAAAGGAUCCUUAUGCUGAAAUAAUUGAUCCAGCUGUGAAAGGCACGAUCAAUGUCCUAAAUUCUUGUGCGAAAACUCCUUCUGUAAGACGGGUUAUUCUAACAUCGUCGAUUACAGCUGUUUCAUUCACAACUAGACGUUCAUCCGAUGAAAUGAUCGACGAGACUUGGUUUUCUGACCCCGAACAUUGCAAGGAGAAUGAGUUGUGGUAUAUGCUUUCAAAGACCUUAGCAGAGGAAGCCGCGUGGAAAUUUACUAAAGAGAAGGGAAUUGACAUGGUUGUGAUAAACCCGACAAUAGUCAUCGGUUCCAUGUUGCAACCUACGGUUAAUUUAACUUGUGGUAUAAUUUUGGAUCUCAUGAAUGGUCUAGAAUCUUACAGAGAUCUCGUUGGAUGGAUUAAUGUUAAAGACGUAGCGGAUGCUCAUAUUCAAGCAUUUGAGAUUCCUUCCGCUAAUGGAAGGUACUGUCUUUCUGAAAGAGACCUUCGAUUAUUAGACGUGGCAAAUGUACUUAUUCAACUUUAUCCUUCUAUCGUUCACCGACUUCCUCUAAAGUUCCAAGAGGAUGCAGGAUUUACACCACCUUAUCCGGUAUCGAGAGAAAAAGCUAAAACUUUAGGCAUAGAUUUUAUCCCUUUUGAAGUUAGCCUCAAGGAAACCGUCGAAAGCCUAAAGUUGUUGGGAUUCAUUAGUUUCUAGCUUUUUGAUCUUAUUUUAUAUUAGGUAAAUAAAUAU